UUUCAUUUGUAUGCUUCCACGGUCAUACUUUACUUGCAUUAUUCACUAUUUAUUAUUUUGUUAUUUAGUUGUUUUAGAGCAAAAAGUAAAUAAGUUAGCUAAAUGACGUCCAUAGCAGGAGGUCACGGAGAGGCGAAUCCGAACAGCUCCUGGUUAAGUGCCCGCGGAUUCUGGCUGGCGUACCUUCUCGGUCUGCUUUCGGUGCACCUUCUAUUCUUAUCAGUGCCCUUUGUAAGCAUUCCGUGGGCCUGGACGGCCACCAAUCUGCUUCAUAAUGCGGCCCAUCUCUACUUCCUGCACGUCAUUAAGGGAGCACCGUGGCUGAGCACUGAGAAUGAUCCCAGCCGGCGAUGGACGCACUGGGAACAGAUUGACGACGGCGUGCAAAUGACCACAACCCGCCGGUUUCUCACCGCCGUCCCUAUUGUGCUAUUCUUGCUUACUUGCUUGUAUACCAGGAACAAUACGGAACACUUUAUAGCGAACUUUAUAUCACUGGUAAUAGUUACUCUUCCCAAGCUGCCGCAGUUUCACGGCGUUCGGUUAUUCAACAUUAACAAGUACUAGACUCUUUCACAUCUAUCUGGAUUUAUAUUGUUUAAAAAAAAUGUAUAUAAUUAUAUAGCUGGCAAAGCAAUCAUUGUAAAUCAUGUAAAUAUUCUUAAAAGAAAAUAAUAAUUAAAGCUUUUACAUCAA